UCGAUUACCGCGUUUCGGGCGGCAGUUCCUCGCCUGGUUGAUCCAGCGCAGCGCCGGCCAGUAAGCGUUGUAAAAGCAGCUCAGGAGCUGUCAGAUGUUAUGGAGCUGACGCCAGAGAAUGUGGAGAAGGUCCUGGACGAGGUUCGGCCCUACCUCAUGGCCGAUGGUGGUGAUGUAGAAUUCCUGGAGAUUGAUGGUUUGGUCGUCAAGCUUAAGUUGCAGGGCGCAUGCGGUUCCUGCCCCAGCUCCACAACGACCAUGACCAUGGGCAUCAAACGCCGGCUCAUGGAGAGGAUUCCGGAGAUCCUGGACGUGGAGCAGGUCACCGAGGAGAGCCAGGGACUUGAGCUCACCCCAGACAACGUGGACUCCGUACUCAACGAGAUCCGGCCGUACCUGGUUGGGACUGGCGGCGGCGGGUUGGAGCUGGUGGGCAUUGAGGGGGUGAUUGUCAAGAUCCGGAUCACGGGUCCGGCGGCGAAUGUGAUGACGGUGAGGGUUGCGGUGACUCAGAAGCUGAGGGAGAAGAUACCAGGCAUUGCAGCGGUGCAGCUGGUGUAAGGGGGUGGGGUGGGAUUACCGGUAGGUAAGGUCUAAGGUGUAGUGGGGGAGGAUUAGACAACAUGAGCCUCGGAAACACUGACCCUGACCGUAGAAUGCAGGUUGUGGGGGAUGGGAGGGGAGCAGGGGCGGGUUGGGUGCUGUGGGGUGGAAA